AUGAUGCCAGAGAAGGUGGAGCGCGCAUCUCUCGGAGAUAAUGUCGGAGGUUCCAUCCUGGAUGCCGACGCGAGAAAGCUGGCAGAGAUGGGCUACACCCAGGAUAUGCAGCGCAACUUUUCGGUUCUAUCGCUGCUCGGCGUGGCCUUCUCGUUAGCCAACUCCUGGUUCGGAAUCUCCGCGUCGCUGAUCACCGGCAUCAAUUCCGAAGGAACGGUGCUGACCAUCUACGGUAUUCCGUGGAUCGCCUUUAUUUCUGCCUGUGUCGGCGUCACGUUGUCCGAGUUGGCGUCGGCCAUGCCCAAUUCCGGCGGCCAGUAUUUCUGGGCUAGCGAAUUGGCUUCUAAGAAGUACGCUCCUUUUGCCUCGUAUCUCACCGGAUGGCUCGCCUGGGCCGGAGCGAUCUUCACCAGCGCAAGCGUGGCAAUGAGCUUGGGGUCGGCGGGCGUGGGGAUGUGGAAGCUGACCCAUCCAGACUUUGAGCUUCACCCCUGGCAUACGGUGGUAGCAUACGAAGUGAUCAAUUUCUUCGCCUUCUUGUUCAACUGCGUGGGCAAAGUACUCCCAGCGGUGGCCACGACCACCUUGUAUAUCUCGCUGAUCUCGUUCGCGGUCAUCCUCAUCACGGUCCCGGCCACAGCCCCAACGCACGCGUCGGCCAAGUUUGUAUUUGCCCACUUUGUCAAUUCGACAGGGUGGUCGUCCGAUGGCAUCGCUUUCCUGGUGGGUUUGAUCAACCCCAAUUGGGUGUUUGCGUGCCUCGACUCGGCCACCCAUCUUGCCGAGGAAGUGACCCGGCCCGAACGCAGCAUUCCCAUUGCCAUCCUAUGCACCGUGCUGAUCGGCUUCGUCACCUCGUGGUUCUACUGUAUAUCCAUGUUCUUUAGCCUGCGCAACCUCGACGAAAUUCUAGGUACCCCAACGGCUGUCCCAAUUCUGGCGCUCUUUCACCAAGCACUGCGGAACAAGGCCGGGGCCGUCGCCCUCGAGUCCCUGAUACUCGUCACGGGCAUCGGAUGUCAGAUCGCUUGCCACACCUGGCAGUCCCGGCUGUGUUGGUCGUUUGCGCGCGAUCGCGGAUUCCCCGCCGCCAAGUUCUUGUCGCAUGUGCAUCCGACCUUAGACGUGCCGUUGAAUGCGCACAGCGCCAGCUGCUUCAUCGUGGCGCUGUUGGGGCUGCUGUACUUGGGAUCGUCGACUGCAUUCAACAGCAUGGUGACGGCGUGCAUUGUGAUAUUGUAUGCCUCGUACGUAGUGCCCAUCGUCUGUCUGCUUCUGCGCGGACGCGAGCACAUUCCCCAUGGGCCGUUCUGGCUUGGCAAGGUUGGCUUGGCCUGCAAUAUCGUGGUCCUCUUGUGGACGCUGUUUUGCUUAGUGAUUUAUUCAUUUCCAUCGGUAUAUCCGGUGUCUCCUGGAGAUAUGAACUAUGUGUCCGCAGUGUAUGCGGUGGUGGCGAUCAUCAUCGCGACCGACUGGUUCCUCCGCGGACGACACUCGUUCCGAGGACAGGCAGCGCGACAUCGCGAGAUCGAAGAGCAGGUCGUGGGAUUGUAG